AUGCUGCCGUUCCGUGCGCCGAGUAGCGGUGCGGCAGGCAUGCGGCGCGAUGCGUCAGGUCUGCAAGAUAAGCGUGUACCAUCGCAGUCUGCUGUGGGUGGUCGCCGUAUUGUAUCGCAGGGCCUUGCGCGCAAACCGUUGCGUACUCCGACAGAGGCACCGUCAUCGGCCGCGAACGCGCCCCCCAGUCUGCAGGUGGACACGACCAGCUUUGAAGAAUGGAUGAAAAUGGCGACAGAUAACAAAAUCAAUGCUACCAACACAUGGAACUUUGCCUUGAUUGACUAUUUCCAUGAUAUGUCGCUUCUUCGGUCUGACUCGGGCGAUGGCUCGAUCAAUUUCCAGAAAGCAUCGUGUACAUUGGAUGGCUGUGUCAAAGUGUGGACGAGUCGUGUGGACAGUGUGAUGGCAGAAACAGGCCGGCUGCUUAGUGGCUUACAAGACGAAGAUGCGUCUGCGGGCACCGACCCUUCUUCGAUGGAUCCUGAUCAGUCUGGGUUGGCCGAGGAUGACGAUGACGCUGAGGCGGGUGAGGGCCGGAAUACAUCCACUCGGAAGCGGCGCGGAAAAGCGCGAGAAGCAACGCUGGCAAAGAGCUUUGCGCAGCUGCAAGUCAAGCGCUACGACUUGGAAUUCACAGUCGACCCUCUAUUUAAAAAGACCAGUGCUGACUUUGACGAAGGUGGCGCUGGCGGUUUGUUGAUGAAUCACUUGCACAUUGACGACACUAUGAAAGUCGUAUUUGAUGCAUCUGACGUCACGGCUGCCGUGGAUACCGAGAAGGAAGAAGCGGCCGUGCCUACAACGGACGACGCUCCUGCGAUUGAUCUGGGCAAGUUGCAGUCGCGUUUGCUCGCUGCUGCCGCGCAGACCCAUCCUGAGAGCAUGGCAGAGAGCCAGACCUUGGAAGACGUGCUAGCCUCACGCAUGCUAUGCCCUUCCACGUCCGCCUUUACCUUUGCGGAUGACAACGAGGCGGCCUUGCCCACACUGACGAUGUCGUACGAUGACAUGGAGGCUGAGAUGGAUAUGGAGAUGGAUAUGGAGGAGGAUCUGCCUGACAUGGACGGUCUUGACUUUUUCGACGGUACGACGGAGCCCGGUCUUGCAGUGGGAGAACAGGGCGAGCGUGCGUUUGACGCAGCUGUUGCGCAUGACAAUCACGACAUGGCCAGCUCGACCACUGGCCCGACGCAAGCGCAUGAGCAGCUGUUUACCUACUUUGACAACCGCAUGCAGAAGAACUGGGCUGGUCCUGAGCACUGGAAGAUGACGCGAUUGCAUAGUGCUGCCUCGGCUCCGCGUUUGUCUGGCCCAGCGUCUGACUCAGCACCGGCCACGUCCGAGGCGAAACCACGCCGUGGGAAGGAGGCCAUGGUUAUCGACUUUCUGUCGUCUGAGCCAGGUCCCUCUACCCAGACGCUCUUUGCUCCGAGUGCGACGCCUGCGUCGAUUUGCUUGCCCAAGGCCGCCCAAGCCGUGACAGCGCGGCAUCUCCUACCGGAAGACCAGCACUUCAACUCUCAGCGUCUUUUGCGUCUCUUCCUCAAACCCAAAGCGACCAUUCUCCUGCAGAAGCGUCGUCGUGAGGCUACGCCUGCGCCGAUGAGUCUGUGGGACGACGAUGGUCUCGGUGACGUCGUGGACGAUCGUGCUACGCCUUUCCGGACCGACCUGUUUGAAGAUGUGAAUCCGUACGAGGAUGUUCUGCCUCCUAUGUUGGAUACGCUGCCGUCCGGCGACGCGGAGCUCGGAGGCGACGAUGACGUAGAGGCGGAGGAUGACGUCUUGCUCGGUGGCGAGGCGCUUCGUCGUGUGCGCCCCGAGUUUGUGGAGCAUGCUCGUCGUGCCAAGCAAGUGGACGUGAAAAAGCUCAAAGACAAUAUCUGGAAAACACUCGCUCUGUCGUCCGAGCCGCAGACCUUUGAUACAGCGCUGCAGGGACUCCAGUCGCUGUACCCACGCAAACAGUACGACGAAAUUAGCACGUCGUUCUGUUUUAUUUGUUUGCUGCAUCUUGCCAACGAAGAAAGUCUCCGUAUCGACGUAGCCUCUGCGUCAUCGGUUCCUCAUGGCACCGCUUCUCCUGGCGCGUUCCUUGCCGCUGCAGCUCGUGCUGGCCGGGUUCUCUCGUCGACGGACGACGACGAUGCUUUAGGGGCGAGCCCUGCGCCGAGUGCCAAGGCGGACGUGGACGAUGCAUAUGCGGACGAAGCUCAUGUAGGACAGCUUGGCACGCUCCGUAUCCAGCGCGACAUGGCCUAA